AUGAGUCUUCCUCCGAAUCACAGAGACUCGCAGCCCGGGCUCGAGCUCGCGCCUUCUUCCGACCCGGAGGUCCUCUACCGCCCGAGUGACCCGUAUCCCAUAGCCGUGCCCGGCCAGGCGCCUGUACCAUAUCCAAACGAGGGAAGUCUAUAUACCGCAGAUGGAUCAUACGGCUCGCCGCCAAGUUCCUACGGAUACACGAACGGGGAGAAGGUGCUUCCACCAUAUCCGUCGGCUCUCGAAUCCGGAGUUGGAGCAGAAGCAGGAGCGGCGGCGGGGCCUGGGUCGAGAAAGAAGUUGUGGAUUAUGAUUGGGGUUUUAGCAGCGGUGGCCGUGAUCAUAGGCGCGGUCGUCGGUGGUGUGGUGGGAAGUAAAUCAUCAGCGAAUGGGGCAAAAGCGGCGGAAAGCUCGGGCUCGACAUCUUCGCCGAACAGCAGCAAUGGCAACGGCAAUAGCACGGGCGCUAGCGUAAACACGACAUCCGUGCGACCUUUGACGAGGCUUUCGGUGACGGGCCGACGGUUAGCAGGGGAUGGCUUCACGUCGCGGCUUUUCUGGCAGGGGGGCGACAACCAUAUCCGGACGUCGAAGUACACGAGCACGGGAGGACAGUGGUCGCGUCCGUUAGUUUUCAGCGGUCUCGAUGCGAAACCAGGCACACCGAUCCCCGCAACCAUAUACCUACUCUUCCCGCAAUUCGAGGUGUAUUAUCUAGACUCGAAGAACACGUUCCGAGGCAUAAAUUUCGGCGAGGACGAGACGGCGCCGAAGACCGACAGUAUCGAGACGGAUCGCGCGGCUUUUACUAUAGAUGAUGGCACGCAGAUGUCCGCGUAUUGGCCGUAUAUCAUUUACCAGAACCCGAACUCGACGUUCCAUCGCCAGGUCUUUGAUUCUAGGGGUAUGGGAUAUUUCAACGAUACCAUGCAAGGGUGGUUCGACACUGAUGUGGUCCCGCUCGGUGACAACAGGACUGGUAUUGCAGUAGUGCCCACAGUGAAGGCAUAUAAAGGACCGUACGCUGCGGGCAUCGCGUAUCGAGACCAGGAUGGCCGUCUAUCCGUAUUUUCAUUUGGUGGUGACGAUACGGGGAUCUCCUGGGAUACUGGAAGCCCCAACAUCCCAAUCCCAGCAAGGACUUCCAUCGCCGCGAUCGCAGUCGGGCGCCCUAACAGCAAUUCAACAAACACGUGGAUUUUAUACCAAGACGCGAACAACAAGAUCCAAUGCGUCUACCAAGAUGAUGCGAACGGGUGGAAGGGGCCUCAGGAGGUAGGCGAUGCGGACGCGGGCACGGACAUCGCGUGUCUGACAGAAACAGUACUCGAUGAGCCAGAACAGGUGCUAUUAUCGGAGCAAACGGAUAUGAGGCGGUGUUAUUACCAAUACAACGGCGCGAUUCAGGAGAAGCGUUUAACUUCUUCCACCUGGAUAGAUGGAGAUACAAUUCCGACGCAAUAA